GCCACGGCCAGAGUGCGCUCGGCGCUCGGCUGGCGAUGUCUGCGUGACGCCCCUCCCCUCGCUCCGCGCCGUUGGCGUCAACGUCUGCGGGAAGCGCCUCCCUCACGUGCGGCUGGGAGCUGCGGAGCUGCCAGGUGACGUGUAGCAAUGGCUGCUAUUUAUUCAGGCAUUUCUUUUAAGCUUAAAAGCAAGACAACUUCUUGGGAAGAUAAACUAAAACUAGCUCACUUUGCUUGGAUUUCCCAUCAGUGCUUCCUUCCAAAUAAAGAACAAGUUUUACUUGAUUGGGCAAGACAAUCAUUGGUUGCAUUUUAUAAGAAAAAACUUGAACUGAAGGAAGAUAUUGUUGAAAGGCUCUGGGUCUAUGUAGAUAACAUUCUACAUAGCAAAAAAUUGGAGAAUUUCCUUAAGAAGGGAAAGACAAUUAAUCUUCAGAUUUCCCUUGUCAAGAUUAUAAAUGAGAGAAUAGCUGAGUUCUCCCUUUCGGGAUUCCAAAGAAACAUCCGUGCCAUCCUGAGUUGCUGUCAGGGCAUCCUCUCAACACCUGCCCUUGCUGUCAUCUACACAACCAAACAAGAGCUGAUGGUGACCUUACUGAGCCAGCUCUGCUGGUCAGCAUGCAGGCAGCCAGAAGGAGCUGUGACAGCCCAGCUAUUUGAGGUCAUUCAUCUGGCUCUUGACCAUUACCUUUUACUCCAGCAGCAGCAGGUCAACCCAAGACGUGUUUUUGGGGAUAUGACUGGGCACCUGCUUCAGCCUUGCCUAGUGCUGAGACACUUGCUUUCUGGGGGUACAUGGACACAGGCUGACCAGGGUCAGCUACGACUAAGCCGACACAUCAGGAAUAAGAUUGAUGCUGUGCUUCAAGGUGGAGCUUUUCGAUCCGAUCUGCUCAUGUCCUACAAAGAGGAGCUCUUGGACCAGCAGCCAGAGAACACAAAGAUGGGGAUCCUGAAGAGUAUUCUUACUCCAAUGAAAACUGUGAUUGCCAGACUGAUAGAUGAUGGCUAUUGCAAAUCAGACCUUCAUGCCUUGGUUGUGGCCAGCUCAGUGGCCUUGUUGUACAGACUUUUUCUGGAUUCAUAUCUUAAGGAGGAGAACCAGUUUCUAUGCUUCCAGGCUCUUUCCAGGUUGUUUGACUGCUUGCGAAUCUCACACCUGCGGGAGGAGCACAUGGGAACUCUGUCCCUAUCAGACUGGACCACAGAGCUUUUGGCUAUAGAACAGCUGCUAAACUCAGUGGCCACCAACAACAUCUACAAUGUAGCUGCUGACAGGAUCCGGCAUGGGGAGGCACAGUUCCACUUUUACUGCUGUGUGGCCAAACUGCUGCUAAACCAUUCACAAGCACUUGUGCCAACCUGGUUCCGCUGUCUCAAGAUUUUAAUGUCGCUAAAUCAUUUGAUUUUAGAGCCAGACCUGGAUGACCUGCUGUCUUCAGCUUGGAUUGAUGCAGAAGUAACAGAACUUCGAGCCAAAAAAGCCCAGGAGGCACUUAUUAACACUGUCUUCCAAACAUAUGCCAAGCUCCGACAGAUACCACGAUUAUUUGAGGAGGUUUUGGGGGUGAUCUGCCGUCCAGCUGCUGAAGCACUGAGGCAGCCUGUGCUGGCCUCAGGCCCCUCCAUGGCACUCUGUGCUUGCCUCUUGGAGCUGCCACUGAGUCAGAUCUUGGACACAUGGUAUCUUGUGCUGGAGAAGUUCCAGUCUUUAGUCCUGCCCUGUUUGCCAAAUGAUGCUGACAUGGCCUUGAAGGCACUGUCCCUGAGCUCUUUGCUACACUGCAUCAUGUUCAACAUGCAGAGCCUGGACAGUAGCACUCCACUGCCUGUCAUCAGACGGACCCAGUGCAUAAUGGAGAAGAUGCUGAGGGAGCUUGUGAAGCCACUGCUGGCCCUACUGCUGGACCCCUGGGGCCCAGAGCCUGAACUGUGGCAACAGAAGGUGAGUGACUCUGCACUCCUGCUGUCUUACACCUGGGCCCAGGUGGACACUACCUUCAGUUUGCAUUGCAGCCAAUAUCACUCUGUGACUGGGCCCCUAACUGGGGCCACUCUGGAUAGCUCAAGCCUCCCGUUGUUGCUACCAGGUGUGGAAAUACAGCUUUGGGAGAAAGUGGAAAAGUGUAUAGCUCAGUCUAACUCUCUCAGUAGAUAUUGCUUAGAACAGCUGUACCUGCAGAAAGUGAAAAAGACUUUAAUGCAGACCACUUCCCAGUCCAAAGAAGCUCUCCAAACCUUGAGAUGUGACACUGCCCAUAUUCUUGGUUCUAGCAGAGACUGCUUGAGUCAGAAGACAGUAGCUGCCUGGGAUGGGCAGGUAGGGACAGUGAAUGAGUCCACAUACCCUGUAGCAUACUGGCACUUGAUUGUGUCAAACCUCACAGUUUUAUUACCUUACAUUUGUCUGGAUGAUGUGAGAUGCCUUGCCAAUGUCCUGUUAAAAACUUUACCUGAAAGUAAAGCCCAGGAAGACCUGGCACCUGGUGAACCAUGUAUCACACUGGGCAAAGUAUCUACAUCCCUCCUUCACAGCCCUCUCUUUGCUGAGAUGCAGUCCCUCCAUUCUGCCUUUUUGAUAUGCAUCGUUUCAAGAUGUUCUAGCAUUCUGAGCUCUGGUGCCCAUAGUGACCUGAGUCAGCUUAGUCAGCAGCUCUCCUGGCUUUUUGAAAAGGACCACCACACUAUUAUGGCUCAUUGGGAAACCAAAUUGGUGAAAGUUGGACCUGAAUGUAUAGAACCAAUAGGAGAAGUUGCCCAGAAUUUACUAGCCUUGAUGAAGAGUGAUAUUCCUAUCCAGCUGGAGGAAGAGCAGCUAGAAGGCCUCCUGAAGCUCUUGGAAGUCAUUUCCACCCUGCACUUAGACAGCCUUUUGCCAUGUUACCACACGUAUUAUUUUACUCUGUUACUCUCUAUGGCUGUCUCCGCAGUAGUGUGCUGCUCUUCCCCACCUCCCCUUCAGUUCUUGGUGGCAUGCUACCGGCUCAUCAGUGGUCUACAGAGAGGAAGGAAUGCCUGUUCCGUGUUCAAGAUCAUAUAUGUUAGUGACAUCUUUGAGGUUGUGCUGACUUCAUUGUUGCAAGCCAGUAGAAGGUUCCAAGUUAAAGAGGAUGACCCUGCAUGGCUGCAACUCCUUCAAGUAAUAGGGACAUUCUUGGAGCAGCUAAUGCAGAUAAUCAUCCAAAUGAAACUGAGCUUGGUCCUCAACUUUGGAAAAAUCAUUACUUUUCUUUCAAGCAAAGAAUCGGAAAUCCAGAGCCCUCUGGGCAAGCAAGUGCUUCUGUUGGCUCUAACCAAGUUUUGUCAAGUCCUGGGGCCUUUUGUUAAGGAGCGGAGGCAGCCACUGGAGGCCCCAGCAAUACUGCCUGAGUUGCUGCAGAAGGCCAUGAUGCAAAUGGGUACUAUGCUGAAGCUCUGCUCAGUGCCUGGGAAUGGAGGCCACCAUUUGCCCUCAGUCCUCCUCUCAGCUGUCCCCACUCUUUUAGAAGUGGACCUGAGCCAAAACUUCAGGGAAGGAGGGCCCAAAAUCACCCAAGGGGUAGAUACAGACAGAGCUCUGCUUUCUCACACAACCCUUUACCAUGAUGUGUACAUUCAGCUGCUGGAGGAGUUGCCAGCCCUGGCGAGGAAUGCUCAGUUUUUCCAGGCAGCCUUGCAUUUUCUAACUCUGUUCUUUUUGGCCUCAGAGCUCCAUCCACAAAAUGGUUCUGUUUUUGUCGCCAUCUUUCAUUCUAUGAAGAAAGUUCUUACAGAUCCAGACAUUCCUGCUCCAGUCAUUCAGGAUAUUGAACCUCACUUGGGAACCUUGCUCACUCAGAUGGUGGAGGCUGGGACAAUGGAGGACUUUGGGCUGGUGAUGCGGUCUACUCUCCAGGGGCUGGACAUCACUCAUGCAUGGAAAGCAGAACUGCAAGCUGUUUUGGCCGCUGUUAGACUGCUCAGGCUGCUGCUCAAAUGCUCACUCAGUGGAGAGAAAGCAAGUUUGUUAUGGCGUACAUACCCCCAGAUAGUCACAGCUUUGAUGCUGCAACACCAGGAGGCCUGCCAGGAGCAUCCUGUGGCUCUUGUGGUGGUUGAGCCUAUUCUUGAUGUCCUGGCUGCCCUGCUUCGACAAGGGGAGGAGACCAUCAGCAACCCUCAUCAUGUGAACCUGGUCUUUAGUAUCUUGCUCACUGUCCCUCUGAACCACCUGAAGCCCCAAGAAUAUGGCAGUGUCUUCCUGAAGAUGCACAAUGUACUCUUCUCCAUCUUGCAGUGCCACCCUAAGGUGAUGCUGAAGGCCAUCCCGUCUUUCUUGAACUCGUUUAAUAGACUGCUAUUUUCAGUUAUGCAUGAAGGACGACAGAAAGACAAAGGAAAUACAGAUGACCUGACAGUAGUCCUUGAAUGUGCACGCCUGGUGGAGAGAAUGUUCAGCCACAUCGUUGCUCGAACUGAGGAGUUCACCUUGUUCUCCCCGUUCCUGGUGGCCCAGUAUGUGACAGAGGCGCAAAAGGUGACCUUGUACCCAGCUGUGAAAACCCUGUUGCAAGAGGGCAUCUACCUUGUUCUGGAUCUCUGCAGUGAGCGUGACAUCCAGUUCCUGCGAGUCUCACUGCAGCCAGGAGCUCGUGAUGUCUUUAAGGACCUGUACAACAACUAUCUUAAGUACCACAAGGCUAAACAUGAAAGAGAAAAAAGAUACACCGCCUAGGCAAUGCCACCGGAAGCAUAGUCAUUUGGGUUUGCCUUGUAGAGGCUGUGGCCUCAUGGUGCAGAGCUGUGGAAGAUGAACAGCUUCUGCUUUUCAUGUUCAGUGUUGACACCCACGGGAAAUCCCUUGGGGCUCACAUGUUUUUAUACCAUGUUGUACUUGCUGAGUUCUUUAAUAACCUUUUUGUAAUCUCUUUUGUGGGCAGUGAUAGGGAUUGAACCCAGGGUCUUGCACAUCUAAGCUUACACUUCUGCCACUGAGCUAUGUUUUUGGCUCCAGUACAUCCUUGUCAGUGUGACAUAAGAAGCCUGGAAAUAGGCUCUGGGAUGGGGUUAAUAUAAUUGGAAAAAUUGCUGACUA